UGAGUUACUCACUGGGCAGUAACAGCCUUGAGCCCAGUGGCUUCCGUCCCAGCACACCAAACUAUCUAACAAUCCACAGGGAAACGCGGGGAGGUGGAGGAUUGUCAGUUCAAACAGUGGAAAUCGUCUCAAUCACAUGUCUGGACAUGUUCUCGCAGCGGCGAGUUUUAUCCCAACACGACAACCCCAAAUCAAGACAAAUGGACAAAAUAUCCACUUCCAAUGAGGAAGGGAGAGCGAGUCAAGUAGAAGCAGGUGUGGAGGGAGUCGAUACGGGAAAGCCACAGGGUGAUCGAACAGGACUUGGUGAUGGUGGGCGGGAAGUGGCGGCAGUGGAAAUUUGCCAGUUUUUUAUACAGGGCAGGUGUCAUUUCGGGAACCGAUGUUGGCUGUCACACAGCACACCUGAGUCUCCCUCUGCUGGGAUACAGGAGGAGGAGACCCAGGUGGAGGAGCAGCAACAAAGGAGACAGAAUGAUGAUACGGAACAGGAAGGGUGGAACAGAAAGAAAAUUGGAAAGAUGAAGAGAAUGCAAAAGGGAAGGGCAAAGACAAAGGAGACGGGGGGGAAAGAAGAGCAACCCAAAAAGCCCCGUAUGCGAACCGCAGACGAUGUCAUCUCCAGAAUUUUGUGGGAUCCCUCCCUGAACCCUGCCGAUUUCAGUGUGGGAUACCUCGACCGCUUCUUAGGGGUGUUAGAACGUCCAUUUUCUGAAUUCUCAUGGGACACCGACCUGUGCAGCUGUGACUACACUGAGGAGCUGGCUCUUCCUCGACACAGGAUCCAGUAUUUCACCUAUGGGGGGCGCCGUGUUUGGGACAGGGAGAGCAGGAAAGAUGGGGUUUUUGGUUCAACCGGGGAUCCACUUGAACCUCCUUUUGCUACAAGGGGAGAGGAAGACGAAGUAAAAGAAAUGAAAGAAACUAGACAGCAGGAAUUGGGAGGUGAACCAGAGAACAUGAAGAGUGAACUGCAGGAAGCAGCAAAUGGUGCUCAUUCAGACGCACCUGGGAGAUGUGAUAGACACAACGAAAAAACCUUCCCUGUACAUCAAGAUGAAAAUGAGCAGGAGAUGGGAGACCACGUUCAGCACAGUCUAACUGAAGAAGAAGCAGGAAACACUCAAAGCAGCUUGAACAGAAGCAUCAACAGUGACACAGGAACCUCGCCCCAGGGCGAACAGGAAGUAGGAAGUGAAACGGGCACGAGUAAAGAGGAGGCUGCGUGUGACCCUGGCUUGUCAGCUCUGGCAGGCCAGCUCUCCCUCUCUCAGAGGAACGAUGCGGGCAGGGAAAGAAACAUCACGGAAGAGGAGGAAUGGAAAGAGAGCUGGGAGGAAGAUGAAGAGAAAGAGCAUCUGUCAUGGCACCUCUGGCCUUCCUCUCCACACUCUUCCCACUCUCCAUUAGAAGCAGAGAGUUCAGUCCCCUCAGAAGGAGCUCAGUCAGAGCCACCUGACCUGCAGAAGGCUCCGGGCAGAAAGAGGCCGACGCACUUCAUCACCUUCCGCGUCGACACGCCCACCUUCCUCGCCGCCUUCCAGCGGCUCCAGCAGGAGAUCACCACCCUUCUCCCCCUCUCCUCCCCUCACUGGAUCUCCCCCAAAUCCCUGCACAUCACCCUCUGCCUCCUGGUCCUGUCCGGGCCCGAGGAGUUGGGCGUGGCGUGUGAGAUGCUGAGGGAGUUCUCCCGGAAGCAUCGGCAGCGUUCGCGCACCCUUUUCUUCCCCACCGCCCUGGGUCACUUCGGGGGCCGGGUCCUGUUCCUCACCCCACAGCCCCUGUCCCGCGUGCGCUCUCUGAACAAGCACCUCCAGGAGGCGUACAAGGAGAAAGGUUGGCUUCACCAACACUCGCUGUCUCCCCGGUACCACCUGACGCUGGCCAAGGUGGAGAAGGGAGAUGGGAGAGUGUUCGAGGGAAUCGGAGACGUGGUCAAAGGAGUGGAACAAGUCAGCGCCAUAAAAUUCGGGCAGCUGACUGUGAACAAGCUGUACCUGUGUGUGAACUAUGUGCCUAAGGCUGAGGAUGGGUUCUAUCAGGUUGUGUGUGCAGUGAACCUCCAGUGAGGAGUCUGGCACUGAAGAGAGGGGAAGAGUGAAGUAAGAUUGAGGGAAAUAAGACUAAAAAUUUUGCACUUAGCAGUUGAGAGUGCAUUGUAAGUUUUUUUUUGCAUCUUGCUGUUGACAACAGAAGGUCUCAGAGCACUAUACAAGAGGUAGAACAUUUUCAUUCAUGUGAGGAGAUGACAUACAGUUGCAGUUACGUUACUAAUGUAAUGCUUAUAUCCCACCGUGGAGCCCAGAUCGGGUCAUUGCUGGGGUUGGGGCAAUUAGAAGUCCAGCUGAGAGUUAUUCAGGUGAUUUUUUAUUGUUUGCACUAUAGCGUACUGCAGGGUGGUACGCUCAUUUGAAUGAUGUCACAAGAUACAUACCCAGACCAGUUAGUGUAAAUUACCCAGUGUAGUGCUAGCUAGCGAAAUUGAUUACCAAAAGGUAUCAAUACAAACUAUGGUCUGUUAAUAAUGUACAUGUGAGGGAGAACCCUCACCUUUG